CUCUGCUGAUGUUUUCUUAAUGCUGGCACCCUGGUUCGGGCUGGAGUUGCUGGAAGAGGCUUUGGUAUUGCUGGUCCUCUGAGGAUGCCCUACCUGGGACCCAGCAGAGCAGAGCUUGUGCAUGAGGAUUUGGGCAGCGCCAGUUUUGAUGCUCUACGGCAGUCCCGCAAGAUGUCAUUUACAUUGAGAGUAUUUUUGAGUCCUGCUGGCUCGACGAACACAGGCAGAGGCGCUCAGCUCUGGCUGGUUUUUGUAAAACAAGAUCUCCUGUGUGCUGCUGUAUUGUGUCUCCUUGAUUUGGCCCAUUGGUGGUCCUGCUGCAGCUCUUCACUCGAGUCCAGCGUGGGCAGAGAGAGGGGGGUGGUGGAGCAUCUCCGUGCGUGGAGCACCCGGGGUUCAGGCUUUGAGAAUAAUAUUUCAUGUUAGAAGGAUUUGCAGCAAGGUGCAAUGGGCUUGGCUGUAUAGCACGCUUGAAACUGUGUCAUUGGUUGUGCAAUCAUUUCCAUUAAUUUCACAAAGAGUUAAUUUCAUGAAUUGAGAUAGAAGCUACAGAGCUAAGUGCCAAGUUUGGGUUUUACAGCCUCUUACCACCCCCUCUCAUUUUUUAUAUAUACUUCUCACUUCUGGGUGGCUUCCAUUUCAAGGUUUUGAAACCCUCCGCUUUCUACCCCAACAGCCUUCAGGGCUCAGACAUACUAAUAGGUGCUUUACAUCCUAGUUAACAAUGUCUCAUUUGGGCCCAGUAACCUCAUGGUGCAAAAACUGUUUGUGAGAUUGGCCAUUAAUUCAGGAGACGGUUGUGCUGUGCCGGAAAGGUGUAAACUACAGGUUUGUUCUUGGUACAGCCAGAGCUUUAAUUAGAUUUUCCCUGGGUGUCAUGUCCUGAAAACCAGAAAACACUGCUGAGACAUGAAGGUUUGCUCUUUCCUCUGUCCCGCUUGACACACUGAGAUGCAACUUUAUGAUUUUGGGGUCUGACCCAGAGCAUGCUUAAGCUCUUCGUUAUUAGAGAUACCCAGUUUCUUUACUUGGCCUGGAGACAAAGAGGGGAUGGUGGGUUGCUGCUACCACGUGCUGUGUAUUUCAGAGACCCUGAGGCUCGUCAUCGUCUUGCAGAAGUUCCGUCCUGAUGGCCGUGGAUGUGGGGAAGUCAGCUUCUGGAGCCUCGCUGAGCGAGAGGGCUGAGGGCGAUGGUAGGUGGGACUGUGCAGAUGUGGAGAUGGACUACCCAGAGCUGGCUGACAGCCUGCACCAGCUUUUAGGGGCAGAGGAAGCCAAGCCCUGCCUUCAAGGGAUGGAGAACGUGGCAACAAGCAGACGUGGUUGCCUGGUCACUGGUGUUACCCAGGGAGGCUCGAGCUACCACCAAGAAGCGUCUUCGGCAUCUGCAUCCAGAAUUCCCAGAGCAAGAACAAGCCUCUCGGAGACAGAGACAUUAAUUUAUAGAGCCGCUGAUGGCGGCAGUGGGCCUCGUCGCGUCAGCCACCGGUUCCUCUCCUCAGAAGAGCAGCAGGUGAAGACAUUGGGCUGUUGGGAGCCAGUGUCCAGCCCUCCCAGCCGGCGCAGCUCUGCCGGGGAGAGCAUCCUUGCUGGCAGCUGCCACGAUGCCCGUGCCAGCUGGCCGAGCCAAAGGCUGGGACCUCAAUCCCCAUUUUCCUCCACCCCGGAGCUUCUGCGACCCCAAACCCCGCCCAGCCCUGAGAGUGCCCUGAGGAGCCGCUCCGCAUUGAGCUUCUCCACUCCAUCCUCAGAAGAAAACGGCCUCUCCAAAGAGCCAUCCUGCAGCUUGGCAGCCAGCAUGGACGUGCCUUCUCCCACAGCCAUGGCCGCUGGGGACCUGUGCUGUCGGUGGGGGGCGGCGGAAGGCAGGGCGCCGCGGCCACACAAACCCUUCGGUCCUCUGCUUGGCAACCGCCCAACCGUGGAGCGCAUCGGAGGGAUGUCAUCUUACCAAGCUGAUUACUGGGCCUGCGCCAUCCCGGAUUCGUUACCCCCAUCUCCGGACCGUCACUCGCCCCACUGGAACCCCAAUAAAGAAUAUGAGGACUUGCUGGAUUAUGCUUAUCCACUGAAGCCAAGAUACAAGCUGGGAAAAAUGCCGGAGCCUUUCCUCCAUGACUCAGGAAUAGGUUUGGACAGCUUUUCUGUUUCCCCUGAGGGCAUGUCGAGGUCCACCAGCAUCUACAGCCAAGGUGGGCAGGCUCAGGGAAGCAGAGAAAAUGGAUGCUGGGGGUUCGUGGCUUCUGCAGAGGGGUUCUCCACCCCGACGCCUGGAAAAAGAGGCUGCUCGGAGGCUGGCUCGUCCUAUGAACCUUCAGCUGCUGCAAAAAGAGCCUUCGCAAAGAGUACUUCAUCUUGUCCUCUGAGAGGUUUUGCUAAGGAUGUAACAACAGAGGCAGCUGGGCCGGAUUCAUUUGGGCACACUGCUGCAGAUGGGAGACACUGGUGUACCAGAGGGAGCCCCUUCCCAAACUACAAAGGGCAGGCGAAAAGCACCAUUAAUAGGUUUUUACCUACAACGCAAGUGCUCCCCCUGAGGCAAGAGUGGGAGAGUGAUGAAGAAUUUCUCUCCCUGCCUCCAAGACUGCGGGAGCUGGAAAGGCUGGCUCAGUUUUUGACCGAUCUUUCCUUAACUAUAAGGAUCCCCAGGCACAACGAACAUGACCUUCCCCGUCACAGCGACAGCAGGCAGCCCCUUUCAUCUGUGUUGUCUCCUUUCAGGGAAGCAGGUGGUAGGGACGAAAAAGGGAAUAUUGAGGAUUGUGCAGGGCGGCAACACCCCUGCAGCUCUCGAAAACCCAGCUGGGGAAACGCUGAAUUGUGUGGCCAGAUCCAUAGGGAUCCUCUGUGGCGGCUUCAUCUACCGACCGGUCUCAGGGACACGUUGGAUGGGACGUACCUACAUGAACCACAGGUCAGGGGACAUCCGAAGAAGAGCCAGCAGAGCGAGUCCCUUGCCCAGUGCAUUAAGAUGUUUUGCUGCCAGCUGGAAGAGCUAAUUUGUUGGCUGUACAACGUCGCUGACAUCACUGACAGCUGGGUACCACCCUCGACAGACACCGAGAGCAUGAAGGCAUCGCUCCACCGCUGCUUGGAGUUCAGGAAAGACGUGGCUGAUCAUCGGAGCCUGACGGAGAGCGUGUUGAAGCGGGGAGAAGCUCUCCUCGACUGCAUGGCAUCGAAUUCGCCAGCUCUGAAAGACACGCUGGGUUUGAUUGCAAAACAGUCAAAAGUGCUGGAAACCCAAGCGGAGCACUUGUACGAAUCUGUUCUAGCUGCUGUGGGUCCUGCGCAGGGCAAGGACGGGAUGGAGGACAAGGGGGUGCAGCAGGCGGCUGCUCAGUGGCCUAAAAUGAGAAGGUGGCCAGGGUGAUCUCAAAAUGGAUGCCCCAUGGUCUGUGUGUCAGGGGAAGAGCUGUGUUUGUGAACCAGCUGAUGAAACCCAAGAGUGUGGUGAGAGUGACAGCAGCUCCUCAGAGAGACCUGGGGAGCUGGGAGGUCACUGUCAGGCAGUGUCGGGGUGGACGGACAGACAGCUGUUCUACCGAGAUCACUUGCACAGCAGAGAGAGAUGGGAGAGGGGUGGUUUGUUUUUUUUUUUUUCCUUUUCUCAGUGUAAAAUUCUGCUUGCCAUUUUGUGGUGGGAAAGGGAAACAAGCGAAUUCAGGUUGUGAAAUAUGACUAGACCGUUUGUUUGCUGAUUUCUUGAACAUCUUCCUUCAAAUCAAACUGCAGACAGAAGUGUUCUGGGAGGGCACAGCAGGAGGAGGGUGAGCGUAAGGGGGUGUAGGGGUGCGUGGUGUUUGAGGACAGUCGCGGCAGCUGGGUGCUGCCACAGCUCUUGGCCACUCCUGCUGUGACUGGAGUCACUGUAAAAGCCUCUAUGCGAAACAAUCGUGGGUGUCAGCAAGGUGCUGGGGCCAGAGGUGCAGGAAGGCUCCUGGACAUCAUCUGAGCACCAAGAGGUAGGAAUUUAGGUACUGCAGGAUAACCUUGCCGCCCCCCCCCUGCCAUUAGCUCAGGCUGUUGACUUCCCCAUGGCCCACUCUACGCCUGAAAAUUCAGACCGGCAAAGAGGAAAAAUUAUUUCCAGUGCUUUAGAGGAGAGUAACAAUAAUAUCUUAAGUAGCUUGGUUUUGGUUUUAAAUUGCUAAACAUAUGUAGCUGUAUCCUAUACGCUAGCAAGUGUAUGUGGAGGUGAUUUAAAUAUAGCAUAGGGGGUUUUCUUUCUUUCUGCAUUGCAGCCAAAGCACAAGUAGCAAACGUAAAUCCCUUUUAUUUCAGGUGCUGCCUCUGUCAGACCUGGGCUUUGUUAGCCAGUCUCAGGACGGCUGAGAAGAAUUGCAGCCAGCGUCAAACCACCUCUGCCACCUCUUGCAGCGAUGCCAAAUAAAUACAUAUGAUCACUGUGUUCAGAGUUAGCCACCCCGGGGCUGAGUUCAGGGGUUUUUUCGUUUUUGGUGUUUUUUUUUUUGUUUUGUUUUUUAACCAUGGCUUGAGAAAGGCGAGCUGUACAGCAGUUCUUUGGCUACUGGAGUGUCUGGUUAAUAGUGCUGACUCUGCUGGGGAGUUUUCUCAGUAAGGAAUGCACAGCUGGCCUUCUUUUGGUUUGUUUUUUAACGUAGCUUUCCUUUUUUACUGAAGUAGCCUGUUCCAUGUAUUAGCAAAACAUCAGGAACAGGUUUUUUUAAUGGAGUAAUCCAUAGUGUGCCGUGCAACUCACUUCUAAGUAAAGCCGUGUGAUUUUAAUAGCCAUGUUCUCAUGUUUUGUUUAUGCCCUUCAAAAAUAGGUGCUAGAAGCCAAGAAAUAGCAACUCCUUCUAGUUCUUGGGAGCAAACUGAACUCAUGUUUAUAAUUACCCUUCCCUGCCGAAGCAGAGCCUAUUUAACUUUCAGUUUCUUAUGCAUAAACGCAAAGAGCCAGUGUGCUCUCUCAAUCUCAGUAAAACAGGUGAGCACGCUCAGGGAAAAAAAACACAAGUUAUCUACAAACUGCUGUUCCCUGUUAUUUGCAGUAGUUUAGUGCUGUGCUGGGUU